AGGACCUUUUGUGCCACCGUUUUUUAUAAAAGGACCUUUGCAACAAAAAGACCUACUUAAACUUAAAAGGACCUUUGUGACAAAUUUUCCUUAUAUUAAAAAGAAUUUAAAAAAAAAAAUCCACGUUAGAGUGUGAAACCUCAACUACUUCCAAAAGGUCAACUCAUAUAAUCAUAUGUUAUCACCUUGUUCUUCAUAUUAUUUCUCAUGAUUUUCAACCAAAUCCAAAAUUCUCCAACCUUUCAAUUUUCGGCAUAAAAAAAUGACAACAAUAAGCACCGAAAAAAUAAAGCAGACGUUUUACAUAUCUCAUGGACCACCUAACCUUCCUAUCGAGGAUUCACUACCUCUCAAACAUUUUUUAAAGUGUUGGAGACAGAAAAUCUUUGAUCAAAAACCAAAAUUUAUCAUUAUCAUAUCUGGUCACUGGGAAACUAAUGAACCUACUGUUAAUGCUGUUGAUGUUUGUGACACCAUCUAUGAUUUUGAUGGUUAUCCUGCUCCUCUUGAUCUCUAUAAGCUCAAGUAUCCUGCUCCUGGGGCUCCAGAUUUGGCAAAGCGUGUGCAAGAGCUUCUAACAACCUCUGGAAUCAAUCGCGUGCACAUAGACAAGGAACGAGGGCUUGAUCACGGUGCAUGGGUGCCUCUGAUGCUCAUGUACCCUGAAGCUAACUUCCCUGUUUGUCAACUCUCUAUCCAAAUUAACAAGGAUGCUACGUACCACUAUAACAUGGGGCAAGCAUUGGCUCCGCUUAAGGAGGAAGGUGUUCUAAUCAUUGGUUCUGGAACCACCGUACAUAACUUGAGUGACCUACGAUGGGAUGCUAAAGAUCAAGAAGUCGUUCCAUGGGCCGGCGAAUUUGAUAAAUGGCUUGAAGAAGCUUUGAUCAAUGGAAGGCAUGAAGACGUGAAUAACUACUUACAAAAAGCGCCUAAUGCAAGAACAGCGCAUCCAACGCCUGAUCAUUUUUACCCACUGCAUGUGGCCAUGGGUGCUGCCGGAGGAAAUACGAAAGCGGAGCUCAUACACCGCACCUGGAGCCUCGGUACCCUAUCGUAUGCCUCCUACAAGUUUACCACCCCCUACUAAGUCUAUUUCUUAAUGUAGUACUCAAUUUUAUAGUCAAUUUUUUAUGACCAGUGCAGAUUUUUCUCUAUCUAGUACAAACUUGUCUUAUUUAGGCUCCGUUUGGUAGGGUGUAAAACAUUUUCACUGAAAAGUGUUUUCCCAUUUUACAUUGUUUGGUUUGGUGUAAAACAUUAAAAUGUAAAACUUGGGGUGGAAAAUCAUUUUCCACCUUACUGAAAAAAUUUCCCCCCCCAAUUUAGAAGGAAAACAUUUUUCAUCACAAGUGGAGGGAAAACAUUUUCCCUCACAAUUGAAUUUUCAGUUCAAACAAACAAUGGAAAAUGCUUAAAAUGGAAAAUCAUUUUCUAUUCAACCAAACAACGGAAAACUUUUUUGAAAAUGAGUUUUCCAUUGUAAAAUGAUUUUCAUGGAAAACCAUUUUACAUUGAAAAUGUUUUACACCCUACCAAACGAACCCUUAAUACGAGUAAUCUUUGCAUAUUCUGUCAUA